AUGAGAACCACAUUUUCCAACUCGACGUGUGAUGCAAAGGCUGUUUUGGUUUGCCGCCGCCAUGUGCAGGUUGUGGUGAAUGCAUACUUUGCAGGCUUCCAGAACGCCAAGAAGUCCACGUAUUUGGCUCAACUGCGCUCGUCAGCGACAGGAACCAGGAUUUGCCAAGGCGUUCUCGUCGCCCCUGACUUCGCCCUCUUUACUCGAUCAUGCGUUGAAGACUACGACAAAGCAGACAAAGUUGUGGUUGGGGCAACUCGAAUCGAUGGCCGGUUAGACAACGGCGAGUGGACCCCUGUGCUCAACAAAUACUACAGUGCCAACCGUUCCCUGGACUUCGCAAUGGUGCGUUUGGCUCAACCCUCUAAGGUCCCACCAGUGCGCAUCCUGUGGGAUGAUGUCGACCCUGGCAAACUCGUGCGGCUGCGCGGCUGGUCCUGGUUCCCCUUCAACAACGGGAACACCCUCUCGGAAACCACGGUUCAACUUCUUGCGAACGACCAGUGCCAAGCCAAACUCAAUCGCCCCAUAUACGCCUACCAAGGAUGCAGCAACAACGACAACAUUGAGAUGUGCGUUUGGUACAUUUUUGGAUCCCUUAUGAUCGAGAUCGACGGAAGCGACUUCGCUCUCGGCACGUUGGCGCUGUACAACUGCGUGGACUCGCCUACGUUGCAGAUAUUCAAUCGCAUCUCGGCUGGUCGGUCGUUCAUCGAGCCAUUCCUGUGCAACGGAACGUAG